UUGUGAGUGUGGUUAGCCCAAAGAGGUGGGUGCAGUUGGGGUAUCGCACCAAAAAUGCUGUGAUGUGAAGCUAAGCUGAAUGAUCAUUGUGAGCAUUGUUACGUGCAGUUGGGCUCAUAUCUGCCGUUCACUGUAUUGUGGGUCACUGUCUAUGCUGCUUGCCUCCGUCCAUUUCAUUUCAAAAUUAAAAUCUCUUUUCUCUGUCUCCACGCCCCCUCUCAAUAGCGCCUACGCGUGCGUAGAAUCACGUAGAAUUUCCCUCCCCCGACAUUUUAACCUUUGAAAAAACAAAUAAAAACCAAAAGCUAGGUAAGGGGCCCCUCUUAACUUCGAAACCUUUUUUUUUUCCCUCUUUCUUUUUGUAUUUUCUCGAGAAAAUUCUCUCUCCCAAUCCAAUUCCCAAACGCCCACGCUCCUUUCUCUCUCACUAAUUUGAAAUUCUCCACUUCAAUUGCUGUCAUUAUUAUUAGUAGUCCAUUAAAAAAAAAUCCGCCCAUUUCCUUAUAAAAAUAUUUUCUUCUUCGUCUUCAUUUUGGGCGGCUGCCCACUCGUUUUUGGAAGGUUUUCUUUUUUUAAUUCAAAUCCGUGUUUGACUUUCAAUGGACGGUGCGUUUUCUGGGUUUUCUUUUUUUAUUUUUUUGGGGAGGUUUUGGUUUCUGGAUUUUUUCUUUAGUUGAUCAUAAAGUUUCCCUUUCCGGAAUAUUCUCUAGAUCUGUUUGAUCUUUUAAGGGUAAGGAGGAACUCGCGGCUGGCCGGUGAAUUUAAGAAAGAGAAAGAGAGAGGAUUGAGGGUUUAAAAAAAUUGGGUGUCUGGACUGGGCAUAGAUACUAGCAUGGCGUCUGGGAAUCCAUUUUUUGAUGACUUGCGGAGCAAGCCUGAGGUUAUUGAUCCUCCACAAAAUGAAGACAUUAUGGAUAGUGAAUUUGUGAAUGAUCCUACUCAAACUGCUACAAAACCUAAUGUAACUGUGUCUAGUAGUGUUCGAGAGCUCUUGGAGUGCCCUGUUUGCUUAAAUGCAAUGUACCCACCAAUUCAUCAGUGUUUAAAUGGACACACAUUGUGUUCUGGUUGCAAGCCAAGGGUGCACAACCGGUGCCCCACAUGCAGGCAUGAACUUGGUAAUAUUAGGUGUCUUGCAUUGGAGAAGGUUGCUGCAUCUCUUGAGCUUCCCUGUAAAUAUCAAAGUUUUGGGUGCAGCGGCAUAUAUCCAUAUUACAGCAAGCUUAAACAUGAGUCUCAAUGUUCUUGUAGACCAUAUAGCUGCCCCUAUGCUGGGUCAGAAUGCGCAGUCAUUGGUGAUAUUCCUUAUCUUGUGGCCCAUCUUAAAGAUGAUCACAAAGUUGACAUGCACAAUGGCAGCACCUUUAACCAUCGUUAUGUCAAAUCAAAUCCACAUGAGGUUGAGAAUGCUACAUGGAUGCUAACGGUUUUCAGUUGCUUUGGUCAGUACUUUUGCCUGCAUUUUGAAGCGUUCCAGCUUGGAAUGGCUCCUGUUUAUAUAGCAUUCUUGCGAUUUAUGGGUGACGAUAAUGAGGCAAAGAACUAUAGCUACAGCCUUGAGGUGGGUGGGAACGGGAGGAAGAUGAUUUGGCAAGGGGUACCCAGGAGCAUAAGGGACAGUCAUCGAAAGGUUCGUGAUAGUUUUGAUGGUCUAAUUAUCCAACGCAACAUGGCAUUGUUCUUCUCAGGGGGAGACCGGAAAGAAUUGAAGCUUAGAGUGACAGGAAGGAUAUGGAAAGAGCAGUGAUGGGGUUUUACGGGUCUUCUAGUCUUUUUUUUUUUUUGGUUAGUUUCUAGGGGGCAAACUCGCUUUGCUUAUCCAUGUAUUAUGCCUACAAAUCUGUUAUCUAUCCGUCUAUCCAUAGUUGUUUUAGAUGGUCAUAUAUGCAGGCUUAUAUGUAUCAAAGUGCUUUUUUAUUCCUCUUAGUUGCUAGUGUUGCUGAUUCUAAGCAAAUGUGUUUCCUAGUUAUCAGCAUUUGAUAGAAAACCACCAAUGAAUUAGCAGAUCUAAAUCCAAGAAAGUUAAGGCGGAUGAAAUAUUUCUGGUGCUGUAUGGUUGGUGCCUAAUGGGGCCAUGGCAUCUCUGGUUUUUUUAAGGCUACAAAUUUACCUCUAAUUUGGUUGCUGAGGUGAUGGGGAUCAGCAUCAAAUUGUGUAUUCUCAUGCUGAAUGGUCACUGGGAUAAUGAAGAUCUGCUCUUUCUCUCAUCUUGCCUUGCCUAAACACAAAAUCUCCACAGAAAUGUUUAUUCAUAUUCGGCUGGUUUUUUUUUUUUUUUUUUAAUAUUUUAAGAAAGUAAGGGACAAAUAAAUACUUUAUUACUUCAUUCAAUAACAGGCCUCAAACUUGUAUCCUUAUCAUACAGGAAUUACAUGCAUUUGUAGCAUAGGAA